AUGACAGCGUUACAGAUAGCAGCGGACUUCCUGGAGCCAAUUGUUAAGAAAUGGGACUUUGAAGCAAAGCCACUGAUCCUCUCCGUCUCUGGUCCUCAAGGUUCUGGUAAGUCGUACCUCUCGUCGAAGCUUAUCGAGCACCUCACCAGCGAAUACCCAAAGCUUAGAUCGAUCACGAUCUCCAUUGACGAUAUGUACGUUGUGAACGCAGAGCAGGAGAAGAUAGCCAAAGAGAACCCAACGAACCCGCUGGUUAGGGGCCGUGGAUUGCCUGGGACACACGACGUUGAGAUGACUUUCAAAGUCCUGACCCAAUUGGAUAACAAGGAGGUCGGGUUCACGAUUCCAACCUAUGAUAAGAGUGCACACGGUGGUGCCGGUGAUAGAGCACCACCGUCCCAAUGGACAAAGAUCGAUGAGCCAGUGGAUAUCGUUGUUCUCGAGGGUUGGUUCAACGGUUACACCCCAAUCAACGAUGGAAGGGAAAUCGAAAGACGCCGUGAGGCAUCACCACUUUUGCAACAGUACAAUCUCGAUGAUCUGUACAACUUGGAUAUUUUGCUGGACCAAUACAUCAAGAUUUGGGGAUUCAUCAACUACGACAUCUUCUUCGACACCGAUGACGUUAACAACGUCUACGAAUGGCGUAAGGAACAAGAGCACGAGCUCAUUGAGAAAAAGGGAUCGGGCAUGUCAGAUGCAGAGUUGAAAGACUUCAUCGACAGAUACAUGGUUGUCUAUGACCUUUACUAUGAGGACUUUGUUCAGUACGGUGUGCCUUCGCUGCCAAAGAACAGUCAUUUAAGGUUAAAACUAAACUUGAAGAGAGAGAUUGUUGAAAGUAAUAUAUUUUAA